AAGCACACAAUUCAGUAACAAUUAAUCUUAAUUUUCAGGUUACAAAGAUCUAAAUACACAAACACAUACAAACAAUAAUACACAACACUUGGGAAUUUUUUCCCAUAGAAAAAUGUUAAUUUGAAAUUACUCAAAAACUGUGCAGUAACAAUGUCUCAUUUUAAGUAUGCUAGUAGACAAAGAUGUCCUGAACACAACACAACCAGUCUUGUCCAGAACUAAUUGAAAAAUCUGUUUUUAUAGCAAAUCAAGUUGUGAAUUUCUUCUAUAAAAAUGUCAAUAUUGGGACUUUUAAUUUUCUCUGUAAAAACUGUACCUGUAUAUCUGAUCCUCUCGUCAAGUGUCUCAUAAUUGGAGCAGUUUAAUGUCUCAGGGUGGAGUCAGAGUCAGAAACAACCUAGAAAACAAAGAGGAGUGACUGAUAAAAUACACACGCUCGCUCACACACACACCUAGAAGGCAAACAGACGCGAACACUUGUCGUGUUUCUCUCUUAGUUGAGCUCUAGUUUCUCAGAUGAAGACAGAUAAGGACACACACUUGUCUCCGCUGCUGGACACUGGCUCGAAAACCCGCCUACACUCAAAACUGGACCAAUGACUCGCUCUCUCCUCUGUUCCGAAUAAUUAGGACAUUUAAAUAUUUCGGCCGGGUUCGGCUCAUGGGAAGAUUUAUUUUUUUUACAACUUUUAUCGUUUUAUUUGACAUGUACUAAAGUAAACAUGGACAGACCGAGUCUCCAGCGGCUAUUUUCCGCCUGUGAUGUGAACAAGUCCGGGAGGAUCGAGUUCGGGGAUUUCACGGCGGUUUGCAGGGAACUCAACGUCCCCGAGGAUCAGAUUAAAGCCUUGUUCCACAGGUUCGACGCGGACGAGGACGGGUUCAUCGACUACGGUGAGUUCUCGUCCAGAUUCCAGGAGGUCUCGCAGACGCUGGACGUGGCGGCGUUUGUGUCGAGCUCGAGCCGAGGGAACAGUCCGUGGGAAGAGUUCAUAAGCAGAGUCGAUGAAGAGUCGCUUCUGUCCGACAGGUACAACAAUCACAUCCGGCUGUUCUAUGACUUUUCCACCAUAAAGGAACAACAGGGCCGGACCGAGCUUUACUGGGGCCCGAAGCACAA